CUUCAAUUGAAUUGAGUUACCUAACUUCGAUGAGAAGGGAGCACGCGCGCUGGAGAACACGGUGCAUGGAACCUCUCCAGCCUUCAAACUUCAAAGUUCACACCUGAGGCUGAGGCGUGAUUUUCAUCGAGGCGGCUGCCUUCACAAUUCAGAAGCAAAGCAAAGCUGCUGAUCUCCCUUGUUGGGCGGCUCUUCACGAAGGGAUCUGCCACCAUCUACAGGGCAAUUGGGCUUCGCGGGGUUUCCUUGCUCAAGCAAGAGGGAGUUGCAAUCGCCUGAUUGCCAUUCUGUUCUCUGUUGAUUGUCACGCGGUUCUUGUUGGAGGUUGGACACAACAUUGACAAGGGCAGAUUGUUUGACUCGACUUGGUGUCAGAACGGGUGCACCCAGCCCUCUGAUCGUUGCUCAAGCUCUUCACGAAGGGUUCUGUGAGAGGAUCCAGCAGCAAUGCCGCAGACUGUGGAAUUGAAAGUGGGCAUGACUUGCGGGGGCUGCGUGGGUGCAGUCGAAAGAGUCCUCAAGAAGACUGAAGGGGUCCAGUCGUACAACGUGGAUCUUCAACAACAGAAGGUGACGGUGGUCGGAGAUCUGGACCCACAGAUGGUCCUAGAAAAGGUUGCAAAAACUGGAAAGCCGACAAGUUUUUGGACCAACUGAGACUCUGUCAGAAGAGUUACCGAGAACCUCUUAGGUAAGUUGGUGUAGUUGUCGAAGUGUCUUCGGGUUUGGGGCCGUCGCAUAUGAGUUUGAGUCCUUGCUUACACCCCACACCCUUGCUAGGUCGUCACAAUCUACCUGGAAUGUAAUUGAAGAAAGCUGCUCCAAGUCUGAUCAGCGCUUGUAAAGACUCAGAUCCAUGUUGUAGAGUAUCAAUCAAGAAUGCUUAAAAAAUUCUUGAUCACAGUCCUGCAACUGACCUUGAACUACCUUGAAUCGAGAGUGGACUCGCAGCUUCAGGUCAGUUGAAGUUGCAAAAAACCCAGCGGCAAAGCCUCUGAUUACACAAGGGCUAGCUCAGCUCCUAAAGGAAGUUGCGGUUAGGGGCCCAUGAGCCGGUACUUCAGGCUGCACAUACAUGAGCGUUUGAUCUGGCACGCUCAGCGAAUAAACAACUCUAUGCAAUGGGCGGGCCCCGUUUGGUGUGCAACCGUCGAUCAUUUGGAUGACAUGCAA